GCCGACCGACUUGCCGAGAGACUCUGCAAACGAACACUCAUGGCGCGUGAUAGCUCAGUGCGUCGACAACGACGUCGACGUCAGCAUCAACGGAUCAGCGAGAGAGAAUCUACUACGAAACUCUUGGAAACUCUCGCAGUUGUGCUUCUUGCUGAGGCGAAAGACUCCGGGGAUCAGCUCAUUGCUGUUUCACUUGCAUUGGUGGCCUUGGACCGCCGUCGACAGGACAGACGAAAUGGUAGGUGCGGUAGACGAGGACCAUAUGACCAACAGAAGUCCGAGGAUUUCUUUGACAUCCUCCUUAAUGUCUCGUCAGACAGGAUGUUCAAAGUCUGGCUGCGGUGAGUUGUUUUUUUUCAUAUACUUCAAUUCCUGACUUGCAUAAUACUGCGUAGUAUGGACCGCAGGACUUUCUGGUAUUUGCACGACCUCAUCAGCAACGAUCCCAUGUUCUAUCCAUCCACGAGUGGCGGUCGACCCCAGCGCCCUAUAAAAUAUCAACUCGCAACAUUUCUAUGUCGUGUAGGGGAAAAAUCGGGGAUUUGCAAAAGAGAGAUGUGGUCCCAUGAAGCAAGCUCGAGUGCGAGCUUCUGUUGUCCGUCUUCGCUCCAGUAGUCACUCAUACUCGAUGCUGGUAUACUUUUGCUCCUCAUCAAUCGUACUUCGGCUGCUCGGCAUCACAAUCACUCUCAGUUCACUCCGACAACUUCGCGUAUGAAAUAAACUGGCAAAUAAACUGCCACUCAAUAACGCUGUCAGUUUAUUUCCCACCGC